AGUUCCCCAAAUCGUACCGAGGACUGCGAAGCGCUUCCGAACGUUUCCAUUCCGGCCCUGAUUCCCGCUGUAUCAAACUGACAGUUCCGGUCUGAGCCGGCUGAAGCCGCUAGUGGGCAGCUAUGCCGGUAGACUGUAGCUGUCGCCGUCAGAACCGUGGGAGCUGUCUGAAGCCGUUUGGAGCCAUUUGGAACCGUUCGGAGCCGUUUGUCGGCUGUUGCGGCCGGUUCUGAACAACUACGACGGCUCCCAAUAACUCAUGCGGUUGUUCUUGAAUCUACCCAUCAAUAAUAUUAUACUGUUUUGCAAACAUAUUAUGAAAUUCAUAAUAUUUCACAGACAAACCAUCAAGUAACAGCCCAGCUCAAAUAGAUUCUAACAGCUUUGCCGAAAAAGAUCAUCAAUCUCAAGAUGCAUUCCGUGGUGGUGAAGAUGUUGGCCAUAGUGAUGCAGUAUUGGAUGCAAAUGCUGAUAAUUGUUUGCUGGAUGAUAACGUCGAAAUCGCGGAUGACGACGUAGAAGAUGUGUAUGUAGAGAGAGACAGCACAUACAGUUUUUUCGACAAUAUCACCCUCAAGGAAGGUCUACGUUAUAUUGCUAUAACGAAAAAUCUACCUCGGUCCACGAUAAACAUGCUGUUGGCACUGCUUCGCAGGAAGCUUAAGCUUAGACUUCCAGCAGAUGCGCGGACUUUAUUGAAAACGCCAACCCAAGUAGGCUUAGAAAUUCAACCUAUCUUGGGCGGGCAUUUCUGGUACCAGGGAAUAGAAUAUGUGCUGAUGACACAUUUAAAUAAUACUACUCCACGCGUCGACCGGUUUAGAGCGCAGAUAUUUAUUGAUGGGCUCCCAUUAUUUAAUAGUUCAGCUAGGCAGCUUUGGCCAAUCCUAAUGAAGGUGGUGGAAUUACCGGAAGCACCGGUUAUGUUACUAGGUGUAUUUUGCGGUCACACGAAGCCGGAUGAUGUGGAAGGUUUUUUGCGGUCUCUGGUAUCAGAUGCUAACAACCUACAAAAAAGAGGAUUGUAGUUCGGUGAAAAGAAUGUGCGAUUUAAAUUACGCAUGUUUGUUGCCGAUUCCUCUGCUCGUUGUUUUGCCAAAGCUACGAUAAGUUACGUUGGCAGAAACAGCUGCUUGAAAUGUACUUGUGAAGGGACACAAGUAGGAAGAAAGAUUGUUUUUGAAGAUGCAGAUGCUCAGUUGCGUACUGAUUUAGGUUUUCGUGGAAGAGAGGACCAGAAACAUCAUAAAGCUUGGAAAUCGCCUCUAGAGGAUAUAGAUGAGCUUGAUAUGAUAAAGGAUAUAAUCAUUGCCGAUGGUUUACAUGUGAGAGAUUUAGGAGUGUCAAAGAAAAUAGCUACAGGAAUUUUUAAUCAUACUUUUGCUCGAUUCGGUAAAUGGACGGAUACGCAAAAGGAAACUGUUUCUUCAUUUCUAAUGAAAAUCCAGCUUCCAGGGGAAAUUCAAAGACGUUUUAGACAUAUAAAAUUCAGUGGCUUUUGGAAAGGAACUGAAUAUAGAUCAUUUUUGUUUUACGCUAGUGUUAUUAUAUACAAGGAUUUUAUGUGGGAAGAAGCGUUUCAGCAUUGGUUGCUAUAUUUUUGUGCACAUACAAUUUUUGCCACGAAAACUCACAAACACUUUUGGCCUCAAGCUAAAAUGAUGUUUAAAGAAUUCCUCAAAGGUUUCGCAAAUAUUUACGGUCGUGAACACAUAACAAGCAACGUUCAUAAUCUCAUUCAUAUUUAUGACGAUUGUGAUUGGUUUGGCUCCAUGCAGGAGAUUUCAACGUAUGAUUUUGAAAAUCAUUUACAAUUACUGAAGCAUUUAAUGCGUUCGGGUAAUAGAUGUACCGAACAGGUAAUUACAAGAUCAAGAGAAAUCGAAACUUUAAAGAAAGCAACAAAUAUUGUUCCACCAAAAUUUCCUACGCUUAUAGGAACUGGGUCUGGUUUACGAUUGAGAUGCGAUUUUUAUCCGAUGAUGGGAUUCAGAAACGCAUGGUUUCUCACUACAGAUAACCAUGUAGUAGAAUUUUUAUCAGCUAAAGAAGUUUCUAAUUCUUAUUUCACGAUAGAAGGAUCACAGUUCGAAUCAAACGAGGAGUUGUUCAAUGUGCGUAAAACGGUUGAUAAUUUCCCAAUACAGUUAUCGUCUAGCGAUAUUUUCAUAUACAAAAUUUAAAAAAAAACACUCCUCGCAGUAGGGUUCAGCUUUCACACCAUAGCAUAAAAUAUAAUUUAGUAGCUGUGAAUCUACCUUCCAAAUCUCUUGCCAGGCACCACGCAGGAUCCCCGAUUCUUUCGGAUACACUUGUUUUUUUCUCUCCUCCAUACGUUCCCUGAGAUCUCUGAGCUUAGUACAUAAAAAUACCUGAUCAUUGAAAUACCUUUGUAUAUACCUUAUCGUUAUAAAUCGAUGGAUAGAUAAAGUUGAAUA